AUUGUCGACGUGUGAGUUUUAUUGAGCGAAAGAAGCAAAUCCUUGUGUCUUCGUUGAUAUCAUUCGAUUGUAUAACAUUCGAAGGGAAAAUUUGAUGUGUUGAUUGGUCCGCUAUAUUGAAUAAUCUUGUACGAUUCAUCGCAUGGGCGUUGUCUGUAAAAAUAUGAUGUGGGCGUUGGUUAUAAUGGUACAAUUUUCUCUACAAGAGUGGACUAAAGUGGACAAGAGUUGUGGUAUUGACUUAUUAAUUUUGGCAAUCUGCCUGGUGAACACCAUGGCUGGGCCUACUGAAAACAGGGCCGUUCAGGCUGUCACUGAAGCAAACAACCAAUUCUCAACGUCCUUCUUCGCUGAGGUCGCGUCAUCAAAUCAUGGCAAUUUGGUCACUUCUCCUCUUAGCGCUUCCGUUGUUCUUUCCAUGGCUGCUUAUGGCGCCCGCGGAGAGACUCAAGACGAAAUGAGAAGUGUUCUCCAUCUUCUGCCGGAAUCCCAAGCUAAAUCUGGAUAUUCAAGUCUUCUUACGACUCUUAACCAAGUCACAGACGUAGAACUUCGUCUCGCCAAUAAAGUUUUCGUAAACAACAAAUUCUCCGUUAAACCAACUUUCCAACAACUAACUCAAAAUGCAUUCUUAUCGACCUCGAAAUCUGUUGACUUUUCUCAAAGCGCAUCGGCUGCUAAUACUAUCAACCAGUGGGUUGAGGAACAAACUAACCACCGCAUUAAGGACCUCGUCAAAUCCGAGAGUUUAAAUGGUGGAACCGCCAUGGUGCUUGUCAAUGCUGUCUACUUCAAGGGUAACUGGAAGAAGAAGUUCGAUCCUAAAUUGACUCAAGAUAGACCCUUCCACGUCAGCAAGACUGAAGUUAAGAAUGUACCUACUAUGUACAGGUCUGGAAAGUACAACUAUGGUGUACUUCCUGAAUGUAAAGCCUCUUUUAUCGAGCUUCCAUACAAAGGUGAAGAGUUCAGCAUGGUAAUCAUCUUACCUGACGAAGUCGACGGAUUGGCUGCAAUUGAAAAGAAAUUGGCAGUCCACGGUCUCGGUGAAGUUCUCAAGAGAGGACACAUUACUGAUGUUGACGUUUACUUGCCGAAAUUCAAGAUCGAAAGCUCUAUUAAACUCAAUGAACAUCUUAAGAACAUGGGAAUAAGAAAGGCGUUCAGCAUAGCUGAAGCUAACUUUAGCGGUAUUUCCGAUACUGACCUCUACAUCUCUGAAGUUGUACAGAAGGCAUUCAUUGAAGUAAAUGAAGAAGGUAGCGAAGCUGCAGGAGCAACUGUAGGUACUUUAGUUCCUCUCUGUUUGAGAAUUCCACGACCACCACCACCACCAAUUUUCAAGGUUGAUCGUCCCUUCCUCGUGAAAAUCAUUAGAAUGAAAAAUUUCGCCAAUGACAACCCUUCAAAUACAAAAUUAGAACUGUUUACAGCGCACGUGGUUAAUCUGUUAGGACCAAUUAUUAAAUAGUUUCGUUGUUGCUAAUUCUUACUAUUAUUAAUAACUUGUUUUGUGAAAAGAAAUAUUUCCUUUGAAAAUAUCUAAUUGAAUAGGAAUUAUAUAAGAAAUCAUUGCUAACAAGAAGAUUUCUGUAUAUUUUUAAGCAUAUUUAUCAAUAUCAAUGAUUGAUUGGAGCAAUUAAAAAUUCGAAAGUCGAUUGCCCUUACCGAUUUGAUCAUCAUUCCAAUCGAUUUAUUUAUCAAACAUUUUUCGCUAUGUAUUAGUACCAUGAACAAACUUAACUUAGCAAAAGAAAUAGAUCUCCCGUUUUAUUCACUAUUUCAUUUGAACCAUUUUUUAUCCAGGUUUUUUUUAUUAUGGUUGAAAAAAACAAGCUCUGUUUAAUAAUAUGAAUAAAAUAUUCUGAGCCUAAAAAAAAAAAUAAAAACUAAAAACCAAAAAAAUAAAUGAAGAAAAGCGCAAUCCUAAAUCUGAGAUGCUCCAAUCAUAAUACAGUAUUUGUUACUAAUUACUCGUAUUCGUGUACAACUGCUACGUUUACUUUACUAACUUAUAUCAUAAAAAAAAACUUGCUUUAAUCGAACUUCUUAACGUAUAAUUUAUACGAAAAAUAUCACUUGGCUCUAAUAAACACAUAGGCAAACGUUUCCUAUCAUACUA